GGCAGAACAUCACGGAGUCAAUCCGGAACGAACGCCUUGGGUCGUCGAGGUGUGACAAUUCGCACCGGCAUCGGGCUUAAAGGUGGCUUUUCGCGAUAUACGUUUUCAGAUGCGCUAGGGCGCGCCCACUAUCAAUCGCUUCCUUCGUCCGCUCAAUGGCUUCGUGUGGAUUCGAGCAAAACCCUAAUAGGUAAUCGGUCAUCGCUGUAUUGAGCACCAGCCGAUCAUAUAUCUGUCCUUUCUGACCGGAUAAU